AUGGGCAACAUUGGUCGUCCGAGCACGGGGUGUUUUCUGUGUCGCAAACGGAGGGUCAAGUGUGACGAAGGCCGCCCCGGAUGCCGCAACUGUGCGAGGCUGAAGAAACCCUGCCCCGGAUAUCGAGAACCCGGCUAUAGUUUUAUUCGAACGGCCAUCUUUGUAUCGAACCAAGCAGACAGCCCGGCUCCAAGGUCAUCAUCCUCAGAGAACCUUCCGCAACCAGCACACUUUCGGGCCAGCUCGACGUCCACCGAGGGCGAGGAUAGCGAUUCUGCCACCAGUGACUCGAUCCUUCAUUCAGCCUCACGUGCUACCCAACGGUUACGCCCGCUGAACAGUCUCUCUAGCGAUCCAACUGAACAAGCAGUCUGCUAUUCCCUCACACAACUCGAUGCCAAUUCGCGCGUGCUGUAUGGGAACCAUGCAUUCAAUUUCUUGCCCGAGAUACUCUCAAACUCGGGGCGAGACUCUUAUCUCUAUGCCGCCAUGCGAUCAGUGGCAGCAAUCAAUUUGGCCAACCGAUCACCCACCGUCGACAUGCACUCCAUUAUUGAAUCUGAAUAUGCGCGAGCCGUGUCAAUGGUGACAGCUGCAUUGGCAGAUCCGGAACAGUGCUUGAAGGACGAGACCUUGGUUGCAGUAUGGCUGCUUGGAAUUAGAGAGCUUCUGGCAAGUGUCAAUGGACCACGCGGGAGCUCAGCCCACCAGACGCAUGUCGAUGGCACCUUGAUGCUUCUGCGGUUACGCGGCGAAGAACAGUUUACCCGCCCUGAGGGUCGUCACCUAUAUCAAACGCUUCUUUCGGCCAUGGUAUGGGCACCAGGCAAGAACUUGGGGAUGCUGAGUGCUGACCUGUUUCAGCACUGGAGGCCUCUGUUCGCCAGCGAAGAGCCAUCCCCUGAAUAUCUUAUGCUGGAAUCACAAAUACCAAAAGCCACCCAUACGGUCCCGACUGCAUCUUUGAGACUAAGAAAUUUCUUCCACGGUGUCUCUAAACUCCGGGCCCGGAUCAAAAAUUUCCUUCUGAUGCCCCAGAACACGUCCAUCGACGGAUUUCAAACGGUGGACUCUUACCUAAGAGCUGCAGCCAGACUGGAGGACAAGAUAAGCGGAUGGUGCGACAUUCUCGAUUGGCUUCCCCGUAAAGUAUUGGUGGACACGCAGCAACGCCAUCUGCAUCGCACACCAUGGACGUCCGGAACACUUUUUAGGCUGCACUGCUUCGAGUCUUGGGAGGCUUUCUUCCAUUGGAACCGAUACUUUGUGGCAAGAAUCUGUCUGCAUGCGGCCCUCCUGGAUGCAAUCGCAAAUCUCUCGGGCUAUCGAUCAGGCUUCAACAGUGGAAAUUCGACAGCUAACGCCAACGAAUUGGUCAUUUCACACACCACAAUAAUCCAUGAGACAGUCAAAGACUUCCUCGGGACAUUGGCUUAUGCUUUCGGGGACGUGGAUAAAAACGGCAAGAUGCGAUCCACUUCGACUGCUGUAGUCGGUGAUGGGGCGUCGACCGAGCCGCGUGGCAUUGAUUUUCCUAGCACAUUGCAAGUCCAAGCACCCUUAUCAUAUCUGAUUAGCUUAAAGUACCUCGGACACGGACAGCGAGAGGCCAUGUUUCUGGCUCUACAGCGUAUUCGGGCCGAAUUUAGUGUACGGUGA